AUGAUUAUAUGCAGUGCUGAGGGAUUUUACCCCGCUGCUCUUGAACAGCAGUGGAUGAGAGAUGGAGAAAUCAUCAACAGUUCAUACUCGCACAAGGAUGAGAAUUACAGCACAAAUCCAAGUGGAUCAUUAACUCUGAUGUUUUAUCAGGAGUUACCAUCACAGAUGUUUGAAAUAAUCUUCUCCUGCUGGGUCAACCACCCAUCCCUAAACAAACCGCUCUCCGCCAAUUUAUCCAGCUCUGUCUGUUACGAUCAAAGGGAUGCGACUUUGACUAUCAUUGUGGCUUUAGUCGUCUCUGCUGUGGUGUUUGUCUUUGUGAUUAUUAUGGUCGUAUGUAAAUGUCAAAGAAGAGCACAACCACAGUCUUCUGUAGAAGUUAGUGUCACACCUGAGCCUGUUUUCCAGUCUGUCCUCCAAUCUGAUGUAGUUUAUUCAUCGUUGGGCGAUCAUCAUCCAGUCCCAUGCAGCCGCAGCCCUAGUGUCAACUGGUCACCUCUAAACACAGAUUAAAGGCAUUUUGUUUGAAUCAUUUAUCUCAUUCACGUCCCUUAUAAUAAACCCAUUUAUUUAAUGUAUAGACAUAUAAUUGAUCUGUAAAAUAAUUGUAUCCUCUCUUAAAAAAAGUAAGUUGACUGUACAUGUAGCUGAAAAUACAAAACAAAAGUCCUCUUUAACUGCAUGACUACACAAAUAGUCAACAAAAAGUGACUUGGUUAAGUUUAUAAUGUAUGUCGUUUUUUUCUGUGUAAGUUCAGGAUGGCAUUAUUCAACCCACCUAUAACCUAAAACCAGUAGCACUGCUUGAAAGUCAUUAUAAGGUAAAUGCAACCUGCAGCAUGCAGUAACUGUGACCUGUAUAUUGACCUACACGUUAUGUGCACCUCCCUGGCUUUCCUGUAGCUCAGCGCAAGGUUGUGGGUUCAAUCCCAGGCUAUUGCAAAUACCUAUGUAAAAUGUAUAGGAUAAAGCUAUGUAAGUCGCUUUGGAUAAAAGCGUUUGCCAAAUGCCUAAAUGUAAAUGUCAACACAACUCUACUGCCUCCCACACUGUGUGGUUAAAGUAACCAGAGCUCACUGCUUCUUUUUUACGGCAGCCCAAUCAGAAGAUGAAGAUGCCGUUCUGAAAAGCAGUCUCGGGGUAAACAAUCACAAGAAAAUGAAGGUCUGCAACCAGCUUAUGUUUUUUACGUGUGUUUUAGACAUUGUCACACCCCUGCAGAGCAUUGCAACACUGUACCUCAGUCACGCUGGUCACACUUGACCUAAACCUCAACACAUUCACUUUGAAGUAAAAUUUGAAUUAAAAAUAAAGUACAAUAAUCACUUCACUUUUCUAUAUAACAUAAAGAUCCAGGAAGUUAAUAAAUCCAACUAUGAUAGUAGUGCAUUUCAAAUAUAAUGUAAAAUAAAAACUGGGUUUUGUUAUUUUCCACAUAUCAGAUAUAAUUUUAUUAUACUGUAUAUCUUUCCUGUAGCUCAGUGGUUAGAGCAUGGCGCUUACAAUGCCAAGGUCAUGGGUUCGAACUCAGGGGAUUGCACAUACUAAGAAAUAAAAUGUAUAGUAUAUAAUGCAAUGUAAGUCGCUUUGGACAAAAGCUAUGGAAGCAUAUUUGUUGCUAUAUUCAAUUUGAAAUGCAAU